AUGGACCACUACAACAACAGCCUCAGCUCCAUUCUGGACAUUCAUGCCCCACUGAAGACCCGGACUGUCAACUUCACCCGCUCAGCUCCCUGGUACACCAACCAGCACAGGGCCAUGAAAAGGUCAGGCCGUGUCCUGGAGCGGGCCUAUACUACAUCUGGGCUGACGGUGCAUAAGUUGGCCUACCGGGAACAUCAGAAAUCCUACGCAAAAGCACUCUCAUCAGCAAGGCCUGCCGCACCGCGCUCUCCAACAGCGCUGGCGGUCAUCACUGCUGCUCAGCAGGAGUCGACUUUCAUCCGAGAGCAGCAGCACCGAGGCGCUGGGCUCUUGUCCACAGGAAAUACUACCACAGGUGGUGGCAGCUGUGGUGGUCUCUGA